AUGCCACCGAAAGCGACACAUCUUGUGCCUGGCAAGUGGCCAGAGCAGCUGGAGACAGCCUUGUUCCACGCCAUGCUCAACCACAGAGUGGCAGGCGUGCACAAGCACAUGAACAUGGCCAUGGUGUACAUGCAGUUGGUGCGACUAGAGCCCUCCCUUACUGUCAAGGACAUCUGGGAUCACCUGGCCACCAUGUAUGACCUCGACGAACUGGACGAGUUGGAAGACGGAUCUUGGGUCGCGGCACUGGAGGCAAUGGGCAAGAAGGCGCCAAAGUUCACAUAG